AUGACAAGGAUCAUUUCCUUUAUUACCUUAAUUGAUGAUGUUUAUGAUGUGUAUGGUACCUUGGAAGAACUAGAGCGUUUCACAGAAGUAAUUGACAGGUGUGAUCUAAGUUCCAUGGAUAGUCUCCCAGACUACAUGAAAACAUGCUUUCAAGCACCCUAUAACUUAGUCAAUGAAAUGGCUUCCGAAUAUCCAGAGAAGAACGGGUACAAUAUUAAUAUCACUUCAUACCUAAUGAAAGCGUGGGCAAAUCUAUGUAAAGCAUUUUUAAAUGAAGCGAAGUGGUACCAUAGUGGAUAUACGCCAAGCUUUGAAGAGUACAUACAAAAUGGAGUGACUUCCUCAAGUGUGCCUCUUUUACUCACUCAUACUUACUUCUUAAUUCCAAAUUCUUUCAAAGAGGAGGAGAUAAAAAAUUUGGAAGAGUACCCAGACAUAAUUUGUUUUGCGGGAAAGAUUUUCCGCAUGCGUGAAGAUGCGACGGGUGAUGUUGCUAAGUCACUUCAAUGCUACAUGAACCAAAGUGGAGCUCCUGAAGCAGAAGCUCGUGAGCAUUUAACAUCAGUGAUACAUAAAACAUGGAAGAAGUUUAAUGAAGCGACUCAUAAUUCUUCUUUCUCCCAAGGUUUUAAAAAUACUGUUAGAACCUUUGUAAAUGUAGCAAUAUGGUCAUACCAGCGAGGAGAUGGCUAUACUAUUCAUGAUCCUGAAAUUCAGAGUCUCAUUCGAUCAUUAAUGGUUCAACCCAUCCUUCCUUGA